CUCCGUCAGGACGACGUGACCUUAACAUCCACCCACCAUCCGUCGCCCGCAGAGAUGCCAGGGACUCUCCCCAGGUUCCCCACCAUGCCGGCUUUGCUCGGCUCCCUGCCCCGGGGCAUUGACGCACCCAGUCUACCCCGAGGCAUCACCAUGCCCAGUCUGCCCAGUUUACCCAGCAUGCCCCGAGGUGUGACCAUACCCAGCCUGCCCAGGGGGAUGUCGCUGCCGGGGGCUGUCGCCAUGUCGACCGUGUCCCAGGCUCCCCGGAGGCUGCUGCAGGACUGCUGCUCUGUGCUGGACCAUCAGACCCCCGGAGAACGUGGAGAUGGACGGUUUUCAACUGACCGUGGAUGAAAGGGGCGGGGUCAGUGUGCAGAGGAUUAACUACAACGUGUGUGUGUGUGUGUGUGUGUGUGUGAUGGAGGUGACAGUGUGGAUGUGAGCUGCAGGAGUCGUCUUCAUGUACGGGCUAUGCGGUUGCUGCUGGGCAUUGCGUCCUCGCUACAAGCGACUGGUUGAUAAUAUUUUCCCAGAAGACCCGGAGG